CCCACGCCUCCACUGCCACCGUGUACCGACUGACAGCAGCUGGGAUGACACCGUGGAUACACACACACACACACACACACACACACACACACACACACACACACACACACACACACACACACACACACACACACACAAGCACACACACACUAUAAAACCGCAGUCAGACGCCGAUGGAGACACACCGAGCUGAAACCAUGGGAGUCAUCAUCUCACACAUCUUCUCCAGGUUCACCUCCAGGACACCUGUCAGGAUCCUAAUGGUGGGUCUAGAUGCAGCAGGUAAAACCACUCUGCUGUACAGACUGAAGCUGGCCGAGGUCGUCACAACCAUCCCAACCAUCGGCUUUAAUGUAGAGACAGUGGAGUAUAAGAACAUUAGUUUCACCGUGUGGGACGUUGGUGGACAGCACAUCAUCAGACCUCUGUGGAGACAUUACUUCACUAAUACACAGGGGAUGAUAUUUGUUGUCGACAGCAACGACCCCGAGAGGAUUAAAGAAGCAGCCGACGAGCUGCACCAGAUGUUGGAGGAGGACGAGCUGAGGGGCGUGGCCUUACUGGUGUUCGCUAACAAACAGGAUUUGCCCAGAGCCAUGUCUGUCAGUGACAUCACCGAGGCCCUGGGCCUAUCAGGAGUCUCGCAGCCGUGGUCCGUCCAGGCGUCCUGUGCCGUCAGCGGUACAGGUCUGGUUGAGGGUCUGGACUGGCUCUCCGACCAGAUCCUGAACAGUCGACACUGACGUGAUCUCCAUUAUUUGUGUCCUGCUGAAUGUGUCUGCUCUGAGCUGAGCUGAGCCAGAGGAUCCAGGAAGAACACGAAGGACCCCUUGCGCAGCUUUGACUUGUUAAAUACGGAGCCUACACCUCCAACUCUAACUUUCAGCUUUGAAAAGCAGUAAUCAUCUUGGAUUUUAUUA